CAGGAAUCAAACUAGUCCUUAUAUGUACUAUAAUGGUUUUACAAUAAUUAAUUAAAUGUUCCGAAAAUAUUUUGAGGUCUACUUGAGCGAAUUUAUGCAAAUUUUCCCAGAAGUUAAGAAGACCAAUAACAAAUAACACAAAAGUUUGGGCGUUAAAUCAGAAAUACGAUUAGAUGGGGGGUCAUCGUGGAAUAUACAUAAUUUUGUAAAACUUCCCCUUUUCAAUCUUUUAGUUUCAUUUUACCCCUUAUUUUUCUUUGAAAACGAAUUUCACACUGAAAAACCCUUGAGAAAUUGCUACCAUACAUGUUGGCGAAGGUGCCCCAGAAUGAAUUUCUACAAAUAUAGCUCCAAAAAAUCGAUGCUAUGGUGGAUUUAGAGGACAAUGUGGAAGGUGGUGAAGAAGGGAUCGGUCUGAAUAUGGUUGAUGUUGUAGAUGCUGCAGAAACUAGGGAUGGCCAGGUAAGCAUCUGUCCGAAAAGAGAUCAUUCGGGGAUUGAUGGCGACAAUUUCGAACCGCAUGAUGGCAUUGAAUUUGAGUCCCACGAGGCAGCAUAUUCAUUUUAUCAGGAGUAUGCAAAGUCAAUGGGGUUCACCACCUCUAUCAAAAACAGCCGCCGUUCAAAGAAAACCAAAGAAUUCAUCGACGCCAAAUUCGCUUGUUCAAGGUACGGUGUCACACCGGAAUCAGAGAGCGGCGUUAGUAGAAGGCCGGGCGUAAAAAAGACAGAUUGCAAAGCUAGUAUGCACGUGAAGAGAAAACGAGAAGGGAAAUGGUAUAUUCACGAAUUUGUUAAGGAGCACAAUCACGAGCUUUUGCCUGCCUUGGCUUAUCAUUUUCGUAUCCAUAGGAACAUAAAAUUAGCUGAAAAGAAUAAUAUAGAUAUCCUACACGCGGUUAGUGAGCGGACAAGAAAAAUGUAUGUCGAGAUGUCUAGACAAUCCGGUGGUAGUACAAGUUCUUGCCUCAGCAAGAAUGAGUUUGAGCACCAGUUCGACAGAGGGCGUUAUUUGGCAUUAGAAGAAGGGGAUGCUCAAGUUAUGCUCGAGUAUUUUGUGCAAAUCCAGAAAGAGAAACCUUCAUUCUUUUAUGCAAUUGACUUGAAUGAAGAUCAGCGUGUGAGGAACUUGUUCUGGGUUGAUGCGAAAAGCAGGAAAGAUUAUAUAAGCUUCAGUGAUGUGGUUUUCUUCGAUACUAGUUAUGUUAAAAGCAACGAGAAGAUGCCUAUUGCUCUGUUCCUCGGGGUGAACAAUCAUUUCCAGCCUAUGCUGCUUGGAUGUGCGUUAUUAGCCGAUGAAACGAAACCAACGUUUGUUUGGUUAAUGAAGACAUGGCUCAGAGCAAUGGGUGGGCAAGCUCCGAAAGCUAUAAUCAGUGAUCAAGAUAAACAGUUGAAAUCAGCUAUGGAAGAAGUUUUCCCGUAUUCGUACCAUUGCUUUGCUCUUUGGCAUAUAUUGGAAAGGUUACCUGAAACUCUUGGUCAUGUACUCAGACAACAUGAGAAUUUUAUGAAAAAAUUCAACAAGUGUAUAUUCAAAUCUUUGACAGACGAAGAGUUUGACAUGAGGUGGUGGAAGAUGGUCAGCCGAUUUGAAUUACAAGAAAAUGAAUGGAUUCAUUCACUGUAUGUCGACCGCAAAAAAUGGGUUCCCACCUUCAUGAGAGACACGUUUUUGGCUGGGCUAUCCACAUCUCAGCGAUCUGAAAGUGUGAACUCCGUCUUUGACAAAUACAUUCACAAAAAGAUAAAUUUGAAAGAGUUUGUGAGACAAUACGGUGCAAUACUUCAGAAUAGGUACGAAGAGGAAGACAUGGCGGACUUUGAUACAUGGCACAAACAGCCAGCACUUAAAUCACCUUCUCCUUGGGAAAAGCAAAUGUCGACGAUUUACACGCACGCAAUUUUCAGAAAAUUCCAAAUUGAAGUCUUGGGUGUGGUAGGAUGCCAUCCCAAGAAGGAAAAGGAAAAUGGAGGCAAUGUUGUUUUUCGGGUUGACGACUGUGAGAAAACUGAAAAGUUUGUGGUUACAUGGAACGAAGCAAAGUCUGAGGUUUCUUGUUCAUGUCUAAUGUUUGAAUAUAAAGGUUUUCUGUGCAGACAUUCGAUGAUUGUCCUCCAAAUAUGCGGUCUUUCUAGUAUCCCGUCGCAAUAUAUCCUCAAGAGAUGGACGAAAGAUGCAAAAAACCGGCAAGCAGUGGUGGAUGGAACUGAAAGAAUCCAAACUAGGGUGCAGAGGUACAAUGAUCUGUGCAAGCGUGCUAUCGACUUAGGAGAAGAAGGUUCCUUGUCUGAAGAGAAUUACCAUAUUGCUUGCCGUGCUUUAGUUGAAGCUCUGAAGAGCAGUGUGAAUAUUAAUAACAGAACUGCCAUAGAAUGUAGUAGUAAUAACUCCGUCGCACUUCGUUCUACUGAAGAGGAGAACCAGGUGAUCCAAGCUGCCAAAACAAACAAGAAGAAGAUCACAAACAAGAAAAGAAAGUUACAGCCAGAGCCAGAAGCAGUUGGUAUUGACACACAAGACAGUUUACAACAAAUGGAACAUCUGAGCUCGGAGGGAAUUCCCUUAAAUGGAUACUAUGGAUCACAACAAAAUGUGCAUGGACUGUUAAAUUUGAUGGAGCCACCGAAUGAUGCUUACUAUGUCGGUCAACAGACUAUGCCGGGGCUGGGACAAUUGAACUCCCUUGCUUCUAGCCAUGAUAACUUUUACGGGACUCAACAAAGCAUGUCUGGACUGGGCCAUCUCGAUUUUAGACAACCACCUUUCAAUUAUGGCAUUCAGGACGAGCAUAACGCGAGACCGCCACAGUUGCACGGCACUGCUAGAAAUGUUUGACGAGUUCCACGUAUCUGACCGGGUUUUGCUUGAUGUGCAAUAUGUAGAUAAACUACUAGACCAACGAGCAGAUGCACAGAAGUUUUUUUUUUUUUUUUUUUUUUAACGUAUAUAUAUUUGUAAGCCCAACUCUUAGUUUUCUCCCGAGAUUUUAUCCAUUAUUCGUUAUUUUAGCAGGUUAGCUGUCCGAAAUACUAUGAAGGAUCUUGUAACAUAAUCCAAGAGUAUCAUUAUAUUCUGAAUCUACUAAUUGAAAAUCGUUGCCUCUGUAGUGUAAAAACAUGGCCUUGCAUUUCUCAUCUUAAAUUGUAUUUUCGAUAUUGGGAUCAUUGUUUAGGAAAUGAGUCGUGUUC